AUAAUUAUCAGUCCUUAACUACCAGAAUUGGCCUUGAAGUCAUAUCUCAAAAAUCUAAUUAGGCAAAUAAAGUAGAUGUACCAGCCACAUGAAGGUCAUGUAACACCAACCCCCUUCAUUUUAGUAGAAAUUGCACAUCCCAUACAUGGCUUAUAAAUCCCUUUUCUUUCAUCCAAACAAAACCAUCUGCCGGAAAAAAUGUUGUGGAUUUGUACUAUUUUCACUUGGAUCUGCCUGCUGGUAGCGGUAUCCAAUGGCCAAUCUCCUGCAGCUUCACCAUCGGCUACACCUGUCAUCGUACCACCACCUUCCAUCACCCCAGUAACACCGACACAAGCACCACCAGCCACCCCCCUACCGUCUCCAACCCCUCCAACCACCCCACUGCCGUCCCCAACCCCUCCAGCUUCUAGCCCAUCUGUCCCACCACCUCAAACUCCACCACCACAACCACCAGUAAGUUCACCCGUCUCAGCUCCAUCUACACCACCACCAAAGCCACCAUUGCCUGCCCCGACACCACCACCGGUUGCUUCACCACCCGCAUUACCACCUUCUGUACCUCCACCUAAAGUUUCCCCUGCACCUGCACCAGCACCAGCAACACCACCACCCGCACCAAUUCCUCAACCACCUUCACCAGCUCCGGCUUUACCGCCACCGCUACCAUCACCAGCUCCGACACCUAUAACUGUUACACCUGCCCCUGCACCAGCUCCCACAAAACACAAAAGAAGAAAACAUAAACACAAGAAACAUCAUGCACCAGCACCUGCACCCGCACCAGUGGCUAAGAGUCCACCAGCACCACCGACGCCUACAACUGAUGACACUACACCAGCGCCAGCGCCAUCACUUGAUCUCAGUAAUGGGAGAACCCUGUUACAAAAGGGGGGAAGAUUUGAAACAGGACUCGUUGCCGGAUUUAUUAUGGCUGUUCUAUUAGUUAUCAUAAGCUAAUUAACUUCCUAAAUGAUUCACAAAUCACAAUUCAACUAUUUUUUGUUGCAUGGAGAUUGUAAGAAAUCAACAUUUUCCCUUAUGUUGAUUCCUCUACUACUAUAUAAUACAUUUUGCACUUGUAAUUACUUCGAAUUCUUUUUAAAUGUAUGCAUAAAGCCGAGAUCUUAAUCAUAGUUGUGAAAUGCAAGCAUAAUGAGUGAUAUAGUACCAUUGAA